GUCAUAAUGUUAGUCUGAAAUCUGAAAGGUCACAUCACUGUUAGAUCAUGAGAACCCAUCCGAAAUUGCCCUCACGUUUCCAGGAAACGCCGCCCGUAUGUUCCCAUGGUGCUAUUAAGCAAUGAUGCUGAGUGCAGGUCCAUCCAGCAACACAAAAAUGUCCCGAGCGUCCAUUAGCACUUUAUUAUCUUGGGUCAUCAUCAGAAGCAGCUCCAAACUGGUGGAAUCUGGACAAAACCAACACGUUUACGACCCCCCCAGAUGCCCAGAGUCGUAAAACCAGUUCACGAUUCCAUUAAGAGCAGAUCGAGGCACGAUUGGUAUAAAUAACAGACCUGUGGAGCAGACAGAACACGAGCAGCUCAGCAGGCAUCAGGUACCGAGAGGAACACCUAGAACCGUCAGCAGACUCCAGAACCGAGAAACAUGGCCUGUUCACCGCUCGCUCUGAUGUGCCUGGUAGCCGCCGUGGGCGUCGUAUCAUGCGGGAGGCCUCACGUGCUCCUGAACUCGGCUCUGGAAAACCCUCAAGCUGGUCCGACCGGAGAAGAGGUACCAGACAGACUGACUCUCCAGGAGCUGCAGUGGAUGCUCAGUAACGACGAGCUGGUGCCCCCCCAGGUGGACGAGGUGCCUCCCAGACGGAUGGAGCUGGUCAGGAGACAGAACACGGUGACGACCAAACCGGUCAACUGUAUGAACUACUUCUGGAAGUCCAGGACGGCAUGCUGAGCCGGCGAGGGCCGCGGUUCGGAGCCAGACGUGCCACUUACACCGAUGAUAUGCUGCCUACAGUGAUUACUGUUCUCUCUUUAACUCUCCGGCUCUGAGCUCGCCGUAAUUGUAGACAUGAUAGACGUAUUAAUAUCAGUAUUAGCUCGCUCUGAAUUACAAACGCUUUUCAAUAAAAUGAACAUAGCAUUGA